UCUCAGAGGGAGAGACGAACACACACAAAUAUAUAAAUUUACUAGUCCUAGGCAUCUUCCACAGGUCUAGACAGAUGUAGUCUUCAUCAGUUGCACAGAUGGCAGCAGCAUCUGGCGUGGCAAUAUACUCUUGUAACGGGUGGCUUACAGACAAUCUCCUGCUAUAAUUUUUAUGCUAAUUACAGUCACACAGAUACUAUAAAAGUGGCCAUCCAGCAGACACUCAGCAACUGCCAUCGACUCUGCCAGAGGAUCUUCAGACUGUGGACCGUCAGGAAACUCGUCUUCCGACCAAACACCCGCCAGCCAUCGCUGAUCUUCUGUUUGUCCUUGUCGACUGCUUCAUCCUCAGGUCUCCAAACAUGGCGGCAUCGUGUCUCAAGCUGUUCGUCCUGGUGACGGUCGUCAUGGCGCAGUCUGUCAUUGGUCUCGACCAGGCCAUGAAGGACUACAUCCUGGGUGUUCACAACAAGUAUCGCGGAGGACAAGGGGCCUCCAACAUGCACUCACUGGUAUGGGACGCAACUCUUGAAGCUGAAGCCGCCCAGUGGGCCGGCGGUUGUCGUUUCGAGCAUCAGAUGAAAACCCGAGGCGAGAACCUGGCCUGGAACUCUCAGAUCGACAAACCAGAGACGGAGUUGAUCGACAUCGCAAUGAAGCACUUUUAUGACGAAAAACUCCGCUACAGCUACGGUCAAAGGUCAUGUGGCUCAUCCUCCGCCUGCCACUACACACAGCUCGUGUGGGCCAAGACCCGGCGGGUGGGCUGUGCGUCCCGUCUGUGUACCCCUCUUGCCAACGCCUACAACAAGGCCUGGUACCUCGUCUGCUUCUACGACCCCAAGGGCAACUGGAAUGGCGAGAAGCCUUUCGAGAAGGGACCAGCAUGCAGCGGGUGCAGUGGUGGCACCUGUGAGGCCAAUCUGUGUGUAGGUGCCAGUGAUGACAGCAGUGCAGGUAAGCCGUGUGAGGACACCAACCCCUCCUGCUCCACCUGGGCCUCCAACAACCAGUGUGUCAGCAACCCCGUGUACAUGAAGAGCAACUGCGCCAAGUCCUGCGGCAUCUGUGGAGAAAAACCAGGGUGUCAGGAUCAAAGCCCGCAGUGCGCGGAGUGGGCCAAGAGAGGGGAGUGUGCAUCCAACCCUGCCUACAUGAACACCAGUUGUGCCAAGUCCUGUGGCAAAUGUUAGCUCGUCUACCUGUAUACUACCUGUAGUUUGUACUAGUCAUUAGCUGUAACUAGUAGUUUGUAGAAGUGUAGCACUACUUUUGUUUCUUAAAACUUUUUUGCAUGUUUUGUGGUGUGAGGAGGUUUGACUGUUUGCUAAAAUGCUCAAAAUGAUUUAUGUUCAGACACCAGUGUAUCAUGGUGUCCAUCAUGUACAACACAGGCUCAGGGAUGUUGCAAUAAUGUGUUUAAAAGAGAAACAGUGAGGAUCUUGUUUGAAACAUUGAUGUUUAAUGUUAGUUUUACUACUACACGUAGACUUUGGAAAAUAAAUGUUAAUUUUUAAAAUUAAAA